AUGGCGGGCGUAGCAGGCCUUCUAGCCACCUGCGCCGCGGCUGCUGCUUCCGCUGCCCACCUUCUGCCGUUGCUGCUGUUGCUGAUCUGCCCGCGAGGGACCCACGCGGAACAAGUUGUUCUCUUGGACACGACACAGGAGGAGAAGCUCGAGUGGACAAAGUAUCCGUUCGGCCCGCAAGCCAGCACCCCAGGGUGGGUGGAAGAGUCGUUCACGAACUUCGACAAGGGCAUCAAUUGGCGGAGCUACGUUGUCUGCGACGUAGCGCACAAUAACGUGAACAAUUGGCUGUGGACGCCGUUCAUCGAGAGGGGACCGGCGAACCGCAUGUACGUAGAAAUCAAAUUCACGAUCCGUGAUUGCUCGUUGUUCCCCGGAACCGCGCGCAGCUGCAAAGAAACGUUCAGUCUACUUUACUACGAGUUCGACGCUGCCACCAAGGAGCCACCGCCUUGGGAGACCGACAGUUACAAGUUGAUCGGACGUAUCGCCGCUGGCGAGGGAAGGUUCAACACGAACACCGAGGUGAUGAUAAACACCGAGGUGAAGUCGAUACCGGUGACGAAAAAGGGCGUGUACUUUGCGUUUCGCGAUCAGGGCGCUUGCAUCUCGAUUCUGGCGAUCAAAGUCUAUUAUAUCAGUUGCCCGGAGAUAUCGGUGAACUUUGCCCAUUUCCCGGCGACGCCGACGGGUCGCGAGGUCGCGUUGAUCGAGCAAACAAUCGGCACAUGCGUGGACAACGCGGUGGUGAUCGAGCAGCCGACCUUCCUCUGCAAAGGGGACGGGAAAUGGUACCUGCCGAACGGCGGGUGCCACUGCAAGCCCGGUUACCAUGCCGACGUCGAGAAACAGGAAUGCACCAAAUGUCCGAUCGGUCGGUUCAAGUACGAGGCGGGAUCGCACAGCUGCGAACUCUGCCCGACGCACAGCAAGUCCUCCGAUUACGGAUUCACGGAAUGCAACCCCAGGAAUAUGCCAUGUACACAACCGCCCUCGGCGCCGCAGAAUUUAACGGUGAACUUCGUCGACCAAUCCACCGUGAUCCUUUCGUGGAAUACGCCGCAUAUGCUGGGCGGUAGGGCCGAUACGACCUAUAGGGUGGUAUGCGAUGCCUGCAGUAUGGGCGUAAAGUACAUUCCCAGCACCGAGGUCUUCAACGACACGAAGAUCACGAUAACGGGCCUGAACGCGGUGACGACCUAUCGAUUCCAAGUGUUCGCGGAGAACGGCGUGUCGGCGUUGGCGGGAAAAUCCGAGUACGUGGACAUCACCGUGACCACCGAGGCGAGCGUGCCCAGCCUGGUGAGCAACGUUCGUAUCACCAGCGUGAAGAGUUCCGAGCUGAGCAUCAGCUGGGACGCUCCUAUAACCGACGUCGGCGGGGACAGCGAUCUGGUCGAGAGAUACGAAGUGAGAUGCUAUCCACGCUACGACGACGCUACCAACGCCACCGUCAUCCAAACCUCCGAUCUUUCCGCGACGUUCAAAGGCCUGAAACCAUCCACGGACUACGCGAUUCAAGUGCGGGCGAAGACGACUCGCGGUUGGGGCGAAUACACCCCCGUGGUGUACAAGAAGACGCCACACGCAAUGGGCCUAGACUACGUCGGCGAGGACGACAACAUGCAGGUGAGGAUCAUAGCUGGAGCCAUCGUGGCCGUGGUCGUUCUCCUGGUGAUCAUCAUCAUCAUGACCGUCCUGAUUCUCAGAAGCAGGGCCUCGGACGAGUGCAACAAGAAACAGCCGAGCGACUGCGACACCUUGGAGUACAGAAACGGCGAAGGACUAGUUGUGACCUACAUGCACUGCAAAAUGGACAGUUCACCGAUUGUGACAACCCACACCAACAACAAGAGCAAGUCCUCGCUGACCACGCCGCUGUUCACACCUGCAGUGGGGGUGGCCGCCGCAGGUGCGGGAGGCGCCGGUGGUGCAGGCGCGAGGAGUUACGUCGAUCCUCACACCUACGAGGAUCCGAACCAGGCCGUCAGAGAAUUCGCUCGCGAGAUCGACGCAGGAUACAUCACGAUAGAGGCCAUCAUAGGUGGCGGUGAGUUCGGCGACGUGUGUCGAGGAAAGCUAAAACUGCCGCCCGACGGUCGAACGGAGAUCGACGUGGCUAUUAAGACCCUGAAACCAGGUUCCGCGGACAAGGCACGGAACGAUUUCCUGACCGAGGCGUCGAUCAUGGGCCAGUUCGAACAUCCGAACGUGAUAUUCCUGCAGGGGGUCGUGACCAAAAGCAAUCCGGUGAUGAUCAUCACCGAGUUCAUGGAGAACGGCAGUCUGGACACGUUCCUGCGCGCGAACGACGGCAAGUUCCAGGUGCUGCAACUGGUCGGCAUGCUGCGCGGAAUCGCGAGCGGUAUGCAGUACCUCGCGGAGAUGAACUAUGUCCAUCGGGAUCUGGCCGCGAGGAACGUGCUCGUGAACGCCGCCCUCGUCUGUAAGAUCGCGGACUUUGGGCUGAGCAGGGAGAUAGAGAGUGCCACGGAAGGAGCGUACACGACCAGGGGUGGAAAGAUUCCGGUCCGAUGGACAGCACCGGAGGCGAUAGCGUUCCGAAAGUUCACCAGCGCGUCGGACGUGUGGAGCAUGGGCAUCGUCUGCUGGGAAGUGAUGUCCUACGGUGAGAGACCGUACUGGAACUGGUCGAAUCAGGACGUGAUCAAGUCGAUCGAGAAAGGAUACAGGCUUCCAGCGCCGAUGGACUGUCCGGAGGCCAUCUACCAGCUGAUGCUCGACUGCUGGCAGAAGGAACGUACCCAUCGUCCCACGUUCGCCAAUCUUACCCAGACCCUGGACAAGCUGAUACGAAGCCCGGAGACGCUCAGGAAAAUCGCCCAGAACAGAAUCAGGGAAAGGGGUGCUCCACCCCCACCCCCACCCGCCUCGUCGACAUCCUCCAACGUGCAUUUGAGGAAAAGGGGCACCAAUCCACUGGCGCCGGACGCGGUGGACUUGACGCAGCUGACCUCGGUCAGCGAGUGGCUGGCCUCGAUCAAGAUGUCCCGGUACGCGGACAGCUUCGAGAGAUCCGGUGUGACCACCCUGGAGGCGGCCGCCCGCGUCACCGUUCAGGAGUUGACGGCGCUCGGAGUCACGCUCGUCGGACACCAGAAGAAGAUCAUGAACAGCGUGACGGCGCUUAGAGCGCAGAUGUCCGCCACCUCGCAGGGCUUUCUCGUGUAACCGCGGGCACGGACGACAACG